UUUUCGCAACGGUCAGUGCACCAAAACCUUGGUUCCGUGCACAGCUAUAUGCAACACCAUGUCGCUUUAAAAACACUUACAGAUUAGUAAAUAUUCAGUGUGUUAGGGAAGUGAGUCACUGCCUAUGGAACUACACCCAAUCAGCAAGGAGGCUGGAAAGGAACGGAGCAUUAGAGAGUAGAGCCUCUUAAAAUCAGAGCUGGAUUCCCAAAGGAGCUGGUGGUUUGUCCUUUCAGAGACUGGCCCUAAAUCAGGACUCAAGUGACUAGUCCCACUGACGUCAAGGGUGAGAGUGCUCGGCACCUUGCAGGACUGGAGCUUCGGAGAGGCCUGAGUCAGCACCUUUGUAAGUUCUAAAAGAUCCCAAAAUUUAAAUUGGAAGGAUAAAAACACCUGCAACUCAGCUAGAUCCAUGGGGGCUACUCCACCACCUCCAGAGCUGACCACCCCCUUCCUGAAGAGGACAAAUACGCCGUCUCUCCAAGAGGAAGCCAGUGUGGGUGUCAUCGCAGGUGUCAUCACAGUGGUUUUCAUCACACUCCUGACAGUCCUGGUAGUGAUCAUCAUAUACCUGUACAAGAAUAAAGGUAGCUACCAUACCUAUGAGCAACCAGAAGCAGAUGUGUCAGUACAGAUGGAGAACCUCCCUUCCAAAGGAGAAAAGGAGGAAUAUUUUAUAUAACCCAUUCAGUGGGGCUAACAGCUUCUACACCGGACUCACGUUUGACGCUAAGUUGCCCAUGUUUCCUGGACUCUGGGAUCUAGAGACUUUUUUUUCCUAAUUUAUUACAUUUUUCCUUCUUGGAUUAAUUUAACAUGUGCACAAUGCUAACCUCAACCAUUGUUCCACUGCGUAGAAUGAUUGUUAAACUGAAGGCAAGGAUCUCCCACUUAGUAAGUGAUUUGGUUGGAAGCACUACAAUGUAAAAGUGCUAGCUGUGAUGACCGUGCACUUCCUUGUACGGUUUGUAAUAUGGACUAAUAAACAUCUAGGGCAGGGGUUGGCAACCUUU